AGGCCUUCUAGUGGAAAUCCAAGUGGUCAUAAGAGGGUCUUUGGCUGUGGAAUUGUUUGAAUCAAUGGUGCGAAUCACGUAUCGAGAUUGUCAUUUAGACGUUUCUGAAGUCGGAAAUAACACUACUAGAAAGUAACAUGAAGACACCCAUUCUGUUAAUAGCAGUACUGGGGUAUACUUGUGCUAGUCCAAACGGAUACUACCAUACGGAGUAUAACUACAAAACCUCGCAAUCUUCCUUUAGGAACAAUGAGUUGGAGCACAAAUCAGAUGAUCAAGGUUAUUAUAAAAAAGAUGGUGAUUUAGAAAAUCGAUACAAGCCCAUCGAAGAUUCCAACAGUGAACAUUCUGAAUAUAUCAAUCCCAAAUUUCAUAACGCUCAAUAUGGAUACGACUACAAUAGAGACACAAACUCCUACGGCCACAUGAGAGCCGGAACCUACGGAAGUAUCAAUAAUCAAGAAGUAGAAGAUAUGGCGCAUAGCAAUAGAAUUUAUGGCAGCCAGGCUGGAUAUACCGGCAGCAGUUAUGGAAGUUAUGGUAUGACCUCAAACCUUAGAUUGGUGACUUCCCGUCUUCAACAACAACUAGAGAGAGAAAUUCAAGAUAUGAUCCGUUACAACAGCUUAAAUUCGCGAAUGGACUUAGCUGAGUUAGAAAGGGAAUUGAGACAAAACUUAACAAACAGACUCGACAACGAAUUAAAUCUAAAAUAUGGACAACAGCUUAUUCGAAGCGGAAAGUCUUAUUCUAUGAUAGGUGGAAGGCUGCAACCAACCGCCAACUACGACUAUCAAGAACUCCUAGAUUUGAGAAAUCAAUUAGAAAAUGUAUUACUUAGUCAACUCCGUACCCAAUACAACCAGUAUAACCAGUACAGCUACUCAAACAGCAACGCUAAUAAUUACGCAUACACAACGACUCAAAGACCUUACUACACCACGGUAAGCUACAGUCCAAUUUAUCCAACAGUUUCUACUCCAAGUUAUCCAACUUUCUCUACUCCAAUUUAUUCAACCUACUCUACUCCUACUUAUUCAACAUACUCAACUUACUCAACUCCGAGAUAUUACACGCACAAUCAAUACAAUAAUAUUCAAACUCGAUACACUCCAAUUACCAAUCCUGAAAGUAUUACUUCCAUUGCUUCAAGAGUACAAAGUCAAUUGGACGCGAAUUUGAAUAAUAUAUUAGACGAAACGCGAAGAACACAUUUCUCCUCAAGUCAACAAUACUCCUUAACCAAUCCCGAAGUACUUUUAGAGCGAUUAAGAACCGAGUUGAGAAAUAACAUUACGUACCAUUUAGACGACGUUAUUAGACAAAACUACGGUAGUCAAACGCAGAGAGACGGAUACAUGUACUCAGUUAGUCCCAGUGGAGCAUUGUCCAGCGAUUACAACUACAGUUUAAGAGAUUUGGAGAAUUUAAAAGAGCAAAUUGAAAGGAAUUUAAUGAAUAAACUGAACAGAGAUUUCGAAACAUUUAGUAAGAGCUGGUCUUCUAGUGCAUCAUAUAGAAGCCAAUCAAGUUACGGUACAAAUUACGGAGCUGGUAUUAGUAAUUACAGAACUGGUACCGGAAUCGGUACUUACGGAACUGGUACUUACGGCGCCGGUACUUACGGAUCUGGGACUUACGGAUCUGGGACUUACGGAACCGAUACUUACGGAACCACUCCUACUUAUUAUCAGCCAGGAAUCAAAACUAAUGAAUAUGGUUCAAGUGCAUCGGCACAUAAUACUUACGUGUCGCAAAGCACUGGUAACAUGGCCGAAUUACAGAGACAACUUCAAGCCGAUCUUUCUAGGCAGCUUAAUUUGGCAGUAAAUAGGGAAUCGGCCGGAUCCUAUACUUACAGCCCACAAAAUUACCAAGCUUCAUUACAAGAAUUAUCUAAUCAACUGAAUAGGAAUCUCACCAGGCAUUUGCAAGAGUAUAGCGCAAGUGGUUCUUACGCUGCACACGGCAAUUUUAAUAGCGCCCAAAUGGCAGAUUUGAGAUCAAGACUUGAACAUAAUUUAAUGAAUCAAUUACGAGAAGGAUUGCAACAAUCGAUGCAAACUCACAGUUCGUACAGUAGUAGUAGCAGUAGCAGCAGCCUUGGAAGUUACCAAAAUGCAUACGAAUCCAGUAUUUGUUGCCAAGGAGACGAUCCUACUACUUACCAUAGAUUCAAACGUUCUUAUGAACAAUUUGAACAAGAUUUAGGAGGUGUAGGACAGCAACAGAUAGAAGAAACGGCGUGGAAGCCGUGGGAACGUGAUAGCGAUCACAUGUCACAUCAUACACCGCACAGUACUUACCACAUGGCUACAUAUAACACACACCAAAAACCUGCAUACUUUGAUUGGAGAUCAAGAAACCACAAUAAUGGAUCACCUCACCUGUCACGCAGCAAAUUGCAAGUAGAUCAAUCACAAGACGAACUGGGCCAGCAGCAAGAAGAAGUAGAAUAUGUGAAUAUAGGUAAACAAGAUGAAGGAAACGAUUACCAAAGAACUACAUACGAUAAAUUACAUUUAGGAAGCUUACACCGGCAGCAACAAGAUAUUGGACAACAACAACUAGAGAACUUCGUUCCACAGGUCCAAGUAAAUAGACUUACUCAUGGCAAAAUAAUCAGUAGCGCCGAUCAAGAAGAACAAGAUCUUGGUCAACAGCAAGAAGACAUGGGAUUGGAUUAUAUUCCACAAGUAAACAAAUACCGUACAUUUACUCAUGGUAAAAUCAGUAAUGCUGAUCAAGAACUACACAACCUUGGUCAACAACAGGAGGAAGAUGAAUUUAGUUAUGAUCCACAAGUGCAAGUAAACAGAUCUCAUAAACUUACUCAUGGUAAAAUACUAGGUAACCCUGAUGAAGAACAAGAUGAUCUUGGUCAGCAACAAGAAGAAGUUGGAUUGGGAUACGCUCCCCAAAUAGAAGAGAACAGAUACCCUAAUCUUGGUCAUGGUAGAAUAAGUAACGCUGAUCAAGAACAAGAUCUUGGUCAACAACAAGAGGAAGUAGGAUUGGGAUACGCUUCCCAAAUGGAAGAAAACAGAUACCCUAAACCUAGUCAUAGUAGAAUAAUAAGUGACGCUGAUCAAGAACAACAAGAUCUUGUCCAACAAGAGGAAAUUGGAUUGGGAUACGCUCCGCAAAUACAAGUGAACAAGUACCCCAAACUCAGCCAUGGUAAAAUAAUUAGUAACACUGCUCAAGAACAACAAGAUCUUGGUCAACAACAAGAGGAAGAAGGAUUGGGAUACGCUACACAAAUACAAGUAAACAGGUACCCUAAGCUCAGUUAUGAUAAAAUAAUUAGUAACACUGCUCAAGAACAACAAGAGCUUGGUCAGCAACAAGAGGAAGUAGGAUUGGGAUACGGUCCCCAAAUAGAAGAAAACAGAUACCCUAAACCUAGUCAUAAUAGAAUAAUAAGUAACGCUGAUCAAGAACAACAAGAUCUUGGCCAACAACAAGAAGAAAUUGGAUUGGGAUACAUUCCGCAAUUACAGGUAAACAAGUACCCCAAACCCAGUCAUGGUAAAAUAAUUAGUAACACUGCUCAAGAACAACAAGAUCUUAGUCAGCAACAAGAGGAAGUAGGAUUGGGAUAUGUUCCACAAAUACAAGUGAACAGAUACCCUAAACUCAGUCUUGGUAAAAUAAUUAGUAACACUGCUCAAGAACAACAAGAGCUUGGUCAGCAACAAGAGGAGGUAGGAUUGGGAUACGCUCCCCAAAUAGAAGAGAACAGAUACCCUAAAUUUAGUCACAGUAGAAUAAUAAGUAACGCUGAUCAAGAACAACAAGAUCUUGGCCAACAACAAGAAGAAAUUGGAUUGGGAUACGCUCCGCAAUUACAGGUGAACAAGUACCCCAAACCCAGUCAUGGUAAAAUAAUUAGUAACACUGCUCAAGAAGAACAAGAUCUUAGUCAGCAACAAGAGGAAGUAGGGUUGGGAUAUGUUCCACAAAUACAAGUGAACAGAUACCCCAAACUCAGUCUUGGUAAAAUAAUUAGUAACACUGCUCAAGAACAAGAUCUUGGUCAGCAACAGGAGGAAGUAGGAUUGGGAUACGCUCCCCAAAUAGAAGAAAACAGAUACUCUAAACCUAGUCAUAGUAGAAUAAGUGACGCUGAUCAAAAACAACAAGAUCUUGGCCAACAACAAGAGGAAAUUGGAUUGGGAUACGUUCCGCAAAAACCAGUGAACAAGUACCCCAAACUCAGUCAUGGUAACAUAAUUAGUAACACUGCUCAAGAGCAACAAGAUCUUAGUCAGCAACAAGAGGAAGUUGGAUUGGGAUACGCUCCCCAAAUAGAAGAAAACAGAUACCCUAAACUUAGUCAUGGUAGGAUAAUAGGUAACACUGCUCAAGAACAAGAAGAUCUUGGUCAGCACCAAGAGGAAAUUGGAUUGGGAUACGCUCCGCAAAUACAAGUGAACAAGUACCCCAAACUCAGUCAUGGUAAAAUAAUUAGUAACACUGCUCAAGAGCAACAAGAUCUUAGUCAGCAACAAGAGGAAGUUGGAUUGGGAUACGCUCCCCAAAUAGAAGAAAACAGAUACCCUAAACUUAGUCAUGGUAGGAUAAUAGGUAACACUGCUCAAGAACAAGAAGAUCUUGGUCAGCACCAAGAGGAAAUUGGAUUGGGAUACGCUCCGCAAAUUCAAGUGAACAAGUACCCCAAACUCAGUCAUGGUAAAAUAAGCAGUAAUGAUGAUCAAGAACAUCAAAAUCUUAGUCAACAACAAGAAGUAGAACUGGGAUAUUAUCCACAAGUACAAGUAAACGGAUACCAUACAUUUACUCAUGGUAAAAUCAGUGAUGCUAAUCAAGAACAACAGAAUCUCAAUGAACAGCAACAAGUAGAAGAUUUAGGCCAACAAAUUGAAGAAACAAGUUUGCAUAAAAUUCCAGUUGAAAAUUUACAUCAUGUUGGUCAACAACAACCAAAGGCAAAUAAUGUUGACAUUGCCAAACAAGUUGAAGAAAUACUUUUGAAUUCUAACAACAACCACGGUAUAUUACACAAUACUGAUCAACAAAACCUAGGUCAGAAAUUUGAUGAUAAUAAUUUGGAUCAACAACAAGUGGAAGAAGUUGGUUUCCACAAGGUUACUCAAGGGAAAUUUCAACCUAUGCAUCAGCAAGAAGAAGAUCUAGGUCAACAACUAGAAGAUGUAGUUCAUCAGCAAAGUAGUGGAUGGGAUGUAAAGCCACACAUAACGUUGGAAAUACAAACGAAACCCAUAGAUAUAGGACAAAAACACUAUAUCAACCAAGAUCCAGAGCUAAAUGAACCUGGCGAUGGUAAAAUUGAACAAGUUCCCAAUAGUGGUUUAGAUUUAAAUCAGCAAGUUGAGGAGAUCGACGUCAAGUCAGCUAAGAAAACCAACGAUUUACCAGAUGAUAUUUCUAAGAAAACCGAAUACAUACAAGAAGAUCUUUCCAAAAAGUUAGAAAUAGCAAUUAUAGCAUUUUGUGGUACUGAUAAGCUUAAUGUUGUAAAAAUGAGAGAAAAAUUAACAGAAGAAGUUAAAAAUAACGUAACAGAAGAAUUUAAUAAGGAAUCCACUAGAGACUACUUAGAACAUGAUUUGCAUCUAAGUUCUGCUCAAAUUCUAAAAAUUAAAACGCUAAUUUUAGAAAAAUUAUUUGCAAAACUAGAAGCAGGUAUAGAAUACGCUAAGAGAAAAUAUGGAGAGCAAACAAUAUCUUUCAGUGACAUUAACGAACCUGAGAUAUCCAAUUUCACAACUGAAGAUACACAACAACCCGAAUCAUCAACUAUUUCACAGAAUGGUACUAUGCUCAUACAAACUACAAGAAAACACACAAUUAUAACCAGUCAUACUCAAAUUCACAACAACAAAUUUGGUGUUACUGAUCAAAGACAAUAUAUAAGUAUUCCUCAAACAAGAGUGGAAGCUGAAAAUGAAGCUGACUCUCUAAUAUCAGUACUUAGAAAUUACAUUCAAAAGGAAGUUAAAAGAAAUGAGGUACCUGAAAAUGUGGGAGUACAAACUUUUGUUAGUAAUGGUACAGAUGAUAAUGGUGGUAAUUAUUAUUCUAGAACCACUAUAUACAGAGGAGAUAGUGAAAAUGUUGAACCAAGUUUUGCACGUACUAUUUCUACUUCAAGUUAUUUAAGUGGUGACAGACCUUUUCAUGAUGUACAACAAGAGGAAAUUAUAGCUAGAAGUAUCUUACAUAAAAAUCCACAGACUUAUAGUGAUGAACUACUAAAUGGGAACAGUAUUUUUCCUAAACAGCAACACUCUCACUAUGGUCAUUUUGAUUUGAAUAGUAAUAUCUCGCCUCACCAUCAUUCCAUUUAUAGUGGAGAAGAAUUAAAUGUGCCAUCUAGUUACAACAAGAAAAUACAGGAAACAUCAUUUUCUACCCCUCUGGAACCUCAUCAUAAUCAUGGUAGUUAUGGUCAACAACAGCCAAAAAGAGAUUGGAAAAAAAUUUCAGGUGGAAAUUUUGACCACAGUUUUCAUUUUAGCCAAAAAGAUGAAAUUGAAUAUCCAAAAUUGACUCAAGGAAAAGUAGGUUUUAAUUUUGGUCAACACCAUGAAAUCCAACAGCAAAUUGAAGACAGAAAUUUGCCUAAAUUUACUGAUGAAAAAUCGCCCAAUGCAGAUCAAAAAUAUAGAGAUCUCGAUCAACAGCCGCAAGAACAAAUUGAAGAUAGCCUAUCUACUACAACCCCAAAAGGAAAACUUCAUCUUAAUAAUCAGCAAAACCAGCAAGAAAUAGAUGAUCAAGAUUUUGAUCAAGUUACAGACGUCAUAUAUAAUAAAAGAAGCCAAGGAAAAUUGGAAGUUAGUCCAGUACAGCAUCAACAAAAAAUAGAACAAACAGAACAAAUUCCUGAAGAUCUUAACCCAAAUAAUGUGCAUGUGGAUGAUGAGGUGAAAGAUCCAAAAAAAAAUGUUGAAAAUCUAACAUUCUGGCAAAGAUUUACCCAAAAAAUGAACAAUGGUGCAAAUGCAAUAAAGCAGCAAGCAACUGUUUUAAAACAAAAGGCAAAGGAAUUAAAAGAAAAAGUUAUUGGUUGAUUAUAGUUCUAAUUAAUUUAUGUUUAUAUUUAACUUAUUCUAAUUAUAUUUUUCAUUUAAUAAAAAAAUAAUAACAAAAAAUGGUUUCAUUU